AUGACUUCAGAUCUUUGGCGUGCGGUCGAAAGGCUGCGUAUGAGCGCCAACAAGCACGAUUUUGACCGUGAUAUGUGCAUCGACGGUACGCUUCUUCAGCAGAGGCCAAGGAAGCGAACCAAAAUAGAUACUCAGGCUCUGAAGAAGGAGCUGGAAAAGGACUUCCUCACACCGCAGACGUCUUUUGACGUGGAAUGGCUUGAUAAAUUACAACAGUAUGUCGUUCAACCAAGAGGCGUGAGAAUCUGCUGA